CGACGAUGAAGCGCUCUAUAAGAGACAGAGCAUCUCAUAAGCAGCGCUGUUCUUGAUCUCUUUCCGCAUCAUUCUUUUGACAACUCCAUUUCUUUCUCUUCCUUAUUUCAAUACUUUUGGAAUUGGACCUUAGGCUGGCCUGAGUGACCCUUCGCUUCAAUCAUUCGCUGCCUGUUCAGUCUUUACAUUUAAUCGCCCAUUUCGACAAAAUGCUUAUCCAAUCUGUCUCCCUCAUUUUGGCUGCGGCGUCUGCCGCAUCCGCUCAGUCUGUCGUUGGUACCGCCUACGGAUUCGCGACUGGCGUCACUGGUGGUGGCGAUGCUGCUGCCGCGACCCCUUCAUCCGCUGAGGAGCUCGCUGAAUGGCUCUCGGAUGAUACCGCCCGUGUCAUCGUUAUCGACCAGGAAUACGACUUUACUGGCACCACUGCCACCGAGGCCGGAUGUGACCGAAUCAGCUGCAGCGUCGCCGAAGGUGGACAAUACUAUCUCGGAGAUCUCUCUUGCGGCGGCUCUGACAACACGGCCGUCAGCUCCAUUACCUACGACACUGCUGGCCCCAACGCUCUUGCUGUCGGUAGCAACAAGAGCAUCAUCAGCAGCAACGGCCAAGGUGUUCUCAAGGGCAAGGGUCUGUCCAUCCAGAGCGGCGCAAGCAACGUCAUUAUCCAGGGCGUUGAGUUUACCAACAUCAACCCCGGCAUUGUCUGGGGUGGUGAUGCCCUCGAGCUGCGAGGUGGCAACGACGGUGUCUGGGUUGACCACUGCAAAUUCUCCUUGAUUGGCCGCCAGUUCGUCGUCUCCCACUACACUGGUUCCCGUCUGACCCUGUCGAACAACGAGUUUGAUGGUGUCACCACCACCUCCGCAUCUUGCAACAACGACCAUUACUGGACUAUGAUGUUCAUUGCCGACGGUGAUCAGGUCACUCUGGACAGGAACUACUUCCACGAUGUCUCUGGACGAGCCCCGAAGCUCGGUGCUGACGGCGUGAGCGGCACUUUCCAGGCCUCCAACAACUACUUCAGCAACAUGGCAGGCCAUGCUUUCGAUGCGUACACUGGCGUUACCGCUAUCCUCGAGGGCAAUGUGUUCGAGUCUGUGACUACUCCCAUUACCGAGAGCGGCGCGUCGGUUUCUACCAUCUACAACGUUGCCGAUGAUUCCGCUGCCAGCGCUUGCGAGUCCUACAUUGGCCGCGCUUGUGUCGUUAACAGUGUUGACUCGAGCAGUGGUGACUGGCCCGCUCUCUCUGGCACCAGCGCCCUGUCGACGUGGUCCAGCCUUGCGGACUAUCUCGUCGACGCUGUUGCUGCUAGUGAAGUCGCCAGCCUUGUCAGCGCCAACGCUGGUCCCUCGAACCUCGGCUCGGGCACUUCCUCUGGUAACACUGGAUCCGAGGCCACCGCCACCACUCCCUCUGCUGUUGUUGAAACCACUGCUGCCGCUGUUGUGGAAUCUCCUGUGGAGACUACCGCCGCCGCCGUGGUUGAGACUCCCGUGGCUCAGGAAGAGGCCGCCGCCGCGGCUACUACUACUGAAGCAGCCGCGGCUGCCGAGACUGCUUCCGGUGAAGAAGUCCAGCAGUGGGGACAGUGCGGUGGCAGCAACUGGACCGGCGCCACCAAGUGCGCCGCUGGAACUUCGUGUGUCGCCCAAAACGACUGGUACUCGCAGUGUGUUAGCUCCGCUACGAGGAGGGCAAAGAGGGCCCUUCGACACAGACACUAGAGGAGUCUAAUCCAGAGCGGCCAGCCCACUCUAUGCCAAUGGGGGACGUGAGGAUCACAUUUAGUGUACAUAUUAUAACGGUGCGCAUGUAAUUAUCUAAAGAAGCG